AAGUCACAUCAAAACAUUACCGCAGUAAAGUGGUUGUUACGUGAAGAAGCUUCAAAUAACCCGUCCCGAGUGCAGUGAAAUUGUGUAUGAAAACGUGUUCGCACCGGGGAUCGGUCAUUACGCGUUCCUCCGCUAGUCAUCAGUAAUGCCGAGAAGCUCAAAUCACUAACAGACGCACAAUUCUAGGGAUAGGGGACACAGAUACAGCCACACACCAUGGCACUUCUUGGCGCACAGCUAGUAAUCACGCUGAUCAUGGUCAGCGUGAUCCAGAAACUGAGUCCACACUUUUCGCUAGCGAAAUGGAUACUCUGCUCUACCGGGCUAACGCGUUACCUGCAUCCGACGGACGAUGAGCUCCGCAAGUUGUCGGGUGUGCCGCGCGAAAAGUCGGGUGGAAAAGGGAAAAAGGACAAACGGAACGGGCAUCAGGCGAAUGGCGAAAGAUCCUCGACAUUCCACAUACCACGCAGCCUGGACAUACGGUUAGACUCGAUUCCAAUCUCACCGUACGAUAUUGUGCAUUUACGCUUCUACACCGAGUACCAGUGGCUGGUCGACUUUAGUUUAUACUCCGUAAUCGUUUACAUUACCUCUGAGGUUUACCACUCUAUCUAUCCACUCAAGGAGGAGAUCAAUCUAAGCAUGCUGUGGUGCCUUCUGGUUGUGUUUUUUGCCUUCAAACUGCUUGCCUCCCUUACGGUGCAAUACUUUAAAAGCGAGGAAUCAAUCGGUGAACGAUCGACCUGCAUCGUCACAGGGCUCGCCUACCUGCUGAUCGCGAUGAUCAUACUGAUCGUACCGGAGCAAACCCUAGAAGUGGGUCUGGAUAAGGCAUAUCACAGCUUUAACACAAGCGCGUCGAGCUUCCUGGAGGGACAGGGGCUUAAUUCCUCCGGUCCUGCAUCGAAGAUUGUGGUAAAGUUUUUCAUUGCCGUCAGCUGCGGCAUUCUUGGAGCGUUGUUUACCUUCCCCGGAUUGCGUAUGGCUCGUAUGCACUGGGACUCGUUGAAGUUCUGCAAAGAUCGUCUUUGGUUGAAACUGCUCCUGAACGUUAGUUUCGCGAUGCCAUUCCUGUUGGUUGUCUUGUGGAUCAAACCGCUCGCCCGGGAUUACCUUACGGAACGCGUUUUCUCAGGCAUGAGCUCACCGAUCCUCUCGACGGAAGCGUUCGAAACGAUCCGGCUCGCUGCGGUCGUAGUUGCGGUCGUGCUACGCUUCAUGCUGAUGCCCGUCUACCUGCAAGCCUACCUCAACCUAGCGUACGACCGUGUCGAGGAGCAGAAGAAGGAAGCGGGCCGUAUCACGAACGUGGAGCUGCAGAAGAAAAUAUCAUCCAUCUUCUACUACCUCUGCGUCGUCACACUGCAGUACGUGGCACCAAUCUUGAUGUGCCUGUUCUUCGCCCUCAUGUACAAAACGCUCGGCGAAUACACGUGGAACGGUGUGCUGAAGCAGUCCCUUCCGCUGGACGAAUGUUCCGCCGAUUUGGACUACGAAAGGGCGAUGCUGGCUACGAUGGCGAGCGAGAAAGCGGCCGUUGAAGCGCACGACUUUCAAGAUAUUGCUCCGGAAGGAGAGCAGCUGCCCGUGGAAGAAAACAUACUCACCACUGCCCAAAACUUCCAGCUGUCGCUGCAAAGCCUAAAGUCGGUCUUCACCAAAGAUGUGUAUCGCGGGCUGUUUGGGUUCGCGACGUGGUGGAGUUGCUUUAUCUGGUUCGCUGCCAGCUCACUCGGAAUGGUUUACCAGUCGUACUUUACCAAAUCGUGAGCCAAUGCCAAUGAUCAUCGUCCAACAACCACCGAACGAUCGCUGUGUGCGUGCGUUGGGACACAGUAGCGAUGUAAAUAGCGGAGAAGUAUACAAUCAUCAACAUCGUUUUCAUCGUCGCGAGCAUUUCUUUCUAGCCAGCGUAUCGCCAUCGCCAGUCAGCUAUUAGUUUUUAACGUUUUCCACUGUGCAUAGGGUUUUCUACUGUCUUUUGUGUUUUACAUAGAUAUGCCUUCAAGCGAGCCAAGCGCGUAUGUUUGUUGUGGUUUUUGUUUGGGUUUUGUUAGUAAUUGUAUGAUUUUUGUUCUAUAGUUUCUGCUAUCGCUUCGACCUAAGUGAGUCAAACCGAGUAAGUCAUUAGAGUAGCAAAGAUUUCACCGAGAUACUGUCAAUAAAGACGCAUUUUACUCUAAUAAAAGAAGAAGUGC